AUGGGAAAAGUGAUAGGCGACGGUGCGGCAAGUGACAUAACGGAUAAUGAACAUAGUAAAAGUAUUCGGGAAGAACAGAAAGUCCGAACAAAAAAGAAGAAACGUAAAAGGGACCUGACAGACCUGCAUCAGAGGCUAUUAAAAACAAAGAAGCAGAACAGUCGGAUGACAUACAAAUUUUGGCAGAGUAAUUUUAUAAAACUUUUGCAACAUUUUGCGGGCAUACGAGAAGAAUAUGAGAAAGAGACGAAAAUCGAUGGGAAAUCGAGUAAGACGCGAAAUUCAAAAAGGAUAUCCGAUCGAAUUCUUCCGAGACCAUUAGCUGGAAUAUACAGAAAUGGCGCAACAGGAAAAGAAAUAAGAAGAUCUCAAAUAAAAGUGCCCCCGAACGAUCUAAAUAACGCUCGUCUUCAAGGGGACGUGUUAAAACUUCUUCACGGCUAUGAUUCAAAAUCAAUGUAAGUGAAAAUACCAUAAAAAUUAGUUAACAAUAGCACCAAUGAAGUCUCGAAAGACGACUUACUCGAUUCUACUAUUAAAAGUGUCCUGCAACCAACUCCCCCUGGUGAAGGUAUAAGUCCUGUUUUGGGUAAAGUGGAUGGAAGGGGGGACCACUCAAGAGUUGAAGGUACAGAAAUUCCCAACACUCCUGAAUCCAUAGAGUUCCCUCAAAAACUUCCAGAGAAAAGGAAGAUAAUUAUUUCUGAAAAUUUACUUAAUUCUGCAUUGAGUAAAUACGAGGAAUUAUGUAAAAUUACUAGUUCUAUUUUUAUAAUAAUUAUUAUUAUCUUUUAAUUUUUGCCUUCUAUAGAUCCAUUGAUAGCAGUGAAGAGAAAAUUGAGAAGCAUGUACGCAAAGUCGUUCCGCAGUCAAUUUCUGCGCGACAGGAUUAAACGUGGUACUAUUCUAGACGAAUGUGACACUCCAAGCACUUCUAUUGAAAAUCAACGUCCGUCAGAAAUUGCAUACUGUUCCUCUGGAUAUAGCCAAAACGAUGGCCUUGUAUCUGUGGCUAUCAACAGCUCAGAGUAUCAUCUUAAUUACAAGAAGAACAACGGAGAGGAGAAUUUACAAGAUAGGCAGGAAGCACUUUUAAUACCAGUGUCAGAUUUUAAUUUCGACACCAAAAGAAAUGAAGUCCCCACGUCUAAUCUUCUAUUUGGUGUAUCUUUAUUGAACGAACCUAGUUGCAGACUAAAAAACAUAGUUGAACCAGAAAUGGUCAGAGGGACGAACAGCGUAAUAUCUGAAGUCAAUUCGGCAAAUAUAAACACAAAUACUUCUGUAGAAGUAAAUCAUUCUACAUCAUCUACCUACAAAAAUCACAUAGAAUACUUUGAAAGCAUUCCUCCUACUCGUUUGAAUGAAGUGGAGAGGAUAAAGGUGAAAAGCAAGCCUGUUCUCUUCGUGCCAACAGAAGCUGGACUUCAAAGUAAUUUAGUUAACAAGAAACACCUAGUAAGACGCAAAAAUCAACGUACACAGACGGUGCACGUGUUAAACAGCGGAUUAAAAAGACAGUCGGGGAAGCUGAACACAAAAGAGUCUCAGCAGGUUAAAAUGAAGAAUUUGAAGCAUAUACCAACGAUACUGCGGAGAUGUAGUAACGUUGCCUCGAAUAAUAACAGUCGACUAAAUUUAUUUCAAGAGUCGAUGCAUAAUAAUAAAGAGCCUCGAAAGACGCUGUUCGAAGAUGCGUCGAAGCGGGGCGUUCUUUUUACUCCGCAAUCACUGAUAACGGAAUUGAACGAAAACUCGAGUAAUACAACAUUUGACAUGGCAAAUGUGCAAACGUGUGUAAUAGCAUCACCGAGUACACGUAAGGAUGAAGUAUGCUUCGUGAAGAGCUCACACUUCCAGCCAAUGGGCGCCAAACAAAAUGUACACGUGAACGACAUUUUUGUGACGAAGAAGAAUCCUCAGGUGCAGAAGACCGUGAUGUUCACGAAGAAGGAUGCACGCAAUAUAGAUCACUGUUUGCAUUUGAACAAUUUAAUUGCUGAUGGAAUAGUGGAUAAUCCAAAUGUUUGUAUUAUAAGGAAGAACGUUCCUGUGCAACAGGAACAAUUGGGAAAGAAUGUUUGUACAGUGCAUAAGAAUUGUCAGAGAGUACCGGAGAACAGUUACAGAACGCUGCGUUGCUCCCAGAACUCUGAUGAUCUCAAUUUUAGGAGUAGCCAAGAGUUUAAGGAGGUGUCCCAAAUGCAAAAUGUGCAUCAAGUGCGUCAGAAACCCAUGGUCUGCGAGAAAAUGCUUUUAAGAAGGGUUCAGCAACGCCCCAAAUGUGAGAGUAGCCAAAAAUGUCAUAAUGAUCAAGAUAUAUGCUAUGUGGUAGUAGAUCCUUGCAAAGACUUUAAUAAUACUCAAAAAUGUUCCAAUGAUAAUGUACCUCAGAUUGAGAAGUCUAGAACGCUACAAGAUGGACGUUUCUGUCAAGAAGAUAUGGCUGAUGUUGGUAUCCUCAAGGGAGUGCAGAAUUUGAAAAUUUUGCCAGGAGAGGAAAGAGAGUCUCAGGUGAAAUAUACCAACAAUCAGUGUAUCGAAAAUACGGUAGUUCUUGAACAACAACCAAUCAAGUAUUUGGCAGUUGAAAAUAAUUCAAAAACGCAGAAAAUUCCUAUAUACGUGCAGAAGAACAAACGCGUUGCUUCUGUCGAUAAUGUAGAAGUCAUUAAUCCUAAUGUUAAUUAUCAUAUGGUGUCGUGUCCUCGAAAAAGCACGCAGGAAGUUAUAUUCGUGCCAACUUGCGAGCAAAACAGAGUUGUAUAUGUCAAGCAACCGAAUUUGGAUCAUUCGAAAGUGUCUUUUGAGAAGUAUUCACCACCUAGAAAGUUAGUCGUGUACCGACCGGAAGUUCAAUGCGUUAAAGAGUCUUCCGACCUAUGUCAAAUUUACGUUCCUAAGCAGAACAUAGUAGAAAUAAGGAACAACAAAUUUGAUUCAGUUGUAACUAAUUUACAACAAAGGGAUAAUAUUAAACAAUCGAGGAGGUGUGAUGAUAAUUGGGAAGAACUUCAUUAUCGACCAAGUUAUGAACACCAACUCAUAAACGAUACCUGUGUGAGAAAUCCAGCAAUCUUCUAUCAAAAAUGA